UCAUUUUCCUUCAAUCUAUUUUACGCAGUCAUACCGUUUGCAUUAGUGCCAUAUUAUACCAUUAUCAGUGUGCGCGAUUUUUCUUUUCUCCUCGAUGAAGUGAAAAUCCUUUUCCGGAACAUUGUGCUGAAAAUGGUCUCUACCGCUUUCAUAGUCUUCAAUCUCAUUUUUUCAAUUUACGUCCAUGGUACACAGUUCCGUCAGUUUGGAAGGAUAAAGAAACUGUUUCAUAAGUUCCGAAAGCUAACUGCAAAUUUUGAUCGAUGGCUACCAAUGGAUGAAGUGAAUUACUUACCUCAAUUGGCCAAAUUUACUCUACGAACGUUCUUCUUUUCAAUAGUGUACGAAUCGUAUCACCUCUUUAGCGUGUCAUUUGUUGCUCCUAAUAAAUUUAGCAUAUGUUCAAUACUUGCAUUCGUGUUACCGAAUUUUAUCGUCAAAUUUUAUCCGGACAUUUUUUACGGUGGCAUGUUGGUGGCACAUUUUUAUUUCCAUCAAAUGAACAAAGAAGUUAAACUCAUCCUUAACACGGCUAUUGAACAGAAAAGCUCCUGGCAAGAAAAUAUGAAUGUAAUCACAGCGUUAAGUGAAAAACUGGAAAAUGUGGCCGUUCAUUACUUUCAGCUAAUUGAAAUUGUAAAGGAAUUCAAUUCGAUCACAUCAUUCCGCGUACUUCUGUGGCUUUUCAUUUUGUUGCUGAAUUUCGUAGUCCAUUUAUUUAUGCAGUACGUUUUUGUCGGGGUGUCACUACAGCAUGGACAGAAAAUAAACGUUGCUAUUUCAAUAACCGGACUGAUCGAUACUAUGUUACAAUUAUUUGAAUUUUGGCUUACAACGUCAAUCUGUUCGAGAUUGUCGAACGAAAUAAGCCAAACGGAAAUAAUGUUAAGCUCAAUGUACCUCCAUCUACGCCAUAGUGAUCAUGUUCAAUUCAAAGAGAAAAUGUUCAUGAUUGCCAAUCGUAUCAAACACGAGAAUCUGGAAAUCACUGGCUCUAAAUUAUUUGUCAUUGAUUCGCGUUUAAUUUUCGCGAUUAUUAGCAGUACCUUUUCGUACUUGAUGAUACUGAUACAAUUUGAGUUGUAA